AUGCAAGCAAUGGGGUUAUCAGUAGCAGUUUCAGUUCCAUUUUACCAUUCCACAUUAUGCAUCAAUGCCUCUCCUCAUCCACCUAUUCCCCUCAAUUUUAUUCAUGGCUUUUCCAAAUCACUUACAUUCAGGGAAAGACUAACUCGUGGGAAGAGUAGCUAUGUCAUUCGUUCCCAAAAGAAUCGUGACGAUGAUGGUGAUGUCGAUGGAUUUUACAUGAGGAAAAGCGUUGAGCUCGCCAGAAAGGCUUUGGGGUGUACAAGCCCCAAUCCUUUAGUUGGAUGUGUUAUUGUCAAAGAUGGUCAAAUUGUUGGCCAAGGUUUUCAUCCUAAACCUGGUCAACCUCAUGCUGAGGUGUUUGCUCUGAGAGAUCCUGCUGAUUUGGACGAGAAUGCAACGGCGUAUGUCACUUUAGAACCUUGUAAUCAUUUUGGGAGGACUCCGCCUUGCACUGAAGCUCUCAUUAAAGCUAGACUUAAAAAGGUUGUUGUUGGGAUGGUGGAUCCAAAUCCUAUCGUGGCUUCCAAAGGGUUAGAUAGAUUGAGAGGUGCUGGAAUUGAAGUUGUUGUUGGUGUUGAGGAAGAAUUGUGUAAGGGCCUCAAUGAGGGUUAUAUUCAUCACAUGUUGACCCGGAAGCCUCUGCUUACUUUGAGGUAUUCUCUUUCUGUCAACGGAAACUUGUUGGACUCACUUGGGAAUGGAGUAACUCACUCUGGUGGAUACUAUUCUAGGCUAUUACAAGAAUAUGAUGCAGUUAUAUUAUCCUCUUCUUUAUUCCGUGAAACUUUAUCGGUCGACUCCGUACCUUCAUCUCAAGAACCUGGAGCCAAUCAACCCAUUCGGUUUAUAAUGCAUAGAGAUUCUAGUUCUGGUUCUUCAAAUCAAAUUCCAUUUAUAACCGAUAACGUUACUGAUAAAAUGAUAAUCUUUACAGAUUGUAUAACAACAGCUCCCGAGGAGACUCAACAAGGAAUUAAAACUGUAUCUGUGGAUCAAAUAAAUCUUGAUGUGAUCUUGGAUUAUUGUAAUCGUCAAGGAUUGUGCAGUGUUCUGUUAGAUAUGAGAGGGAAUUUCAGUGAAUAUCAAGAGCUUGUUAAAGAGGGUGACGAUGAAGCCAUCUCCGAACUCGACCACGAAAUCCGCACCAGGAUUCUCCGUGAGAAGUCUAACGCUGACAACACCCUUGCUGCCGCUGAACAAAAGGUCUCUGAAUUGGAGGCUCAAUUGGAGGGAUUGAGGUCUGCUCCUUCUCAGAAGGAUUUACUCGACAAAGAGAAGGAAAUGCUUCAAGGCGAUGUCAUUAAGUUUCACAAGAUUAUUGACGAGUUUGGGUUGCGGAUUGAGUCGAAAGAGAGGGAUUUGGUGGAAUUAGGAACACUUCUCUAUGGUUUGAAAUAUGAUGAAAGGCCAGAGAAUAAGCUUGGAGAUGAUGAAAUGUGGGAUAGGGCAGAAAGUGCUCUCAAGGAGGCUUUGGAUGAGUGUGGCAAAGGGAAUGUGUUUGUUAAGAACUUAGCGGAAUCGAUAGAUAAUGUGGGACUGCAUGAUUUAUUUCAAGAAUAUGGGAAUAUUUUGUCUAGCAAAAUUGUCAUCUCUGAAGAUGGGAAGAGCAAAGGGUUUGGUUAUAUACAGUUUGGUUCAGAGGAGUCUGCAAAUGAUGUUAUCCAGAAAAUGAAUGGCUCUACUGUGAGAGAUAAGCAGAUAUAUGUUGGGAAAUUUAUCAAAAAAAGUGAGCGCUCUUUGCCUGAACCUGAUGCCAAAUAUACAAACUUGUACGUUAAGAAUUUGGACCCAGAUAUUACCGAAGCACUUCUUAAAGAAAAGUUCUCAUCUUUUGGAAAAAUUCUUAGCUUGGCUAUUGUAAAGGAUGAGAAGGGGUUGUCAAAAGGUUUUGGAUUUAUGAACUAUGAAAACCCGGAUGAUGCAAGACGAGCAACGAAAGCAAUGAAUGGAUCACAAUUUGGUUCAAAGAACCUGUAUGUUGCAAGAGCACAAAAAAAGGUUGAACGUGAGAAGAUCUUGCAUCAGUGGUUUGCAGAAAGAUGCAUGGAGAAAAACUUGAAAUACAAGGGAUCAAACAUUUAUGUGAAGAACAUUGAUGAUAGUGUUAGUGACGAAGAACUAAAGAGUCAGUUUAGUGCUUGUGGCACAAUAACUUCUGCAAAAGUUAUGCGAGAUGACAAAGGAAAAAGCAAAGGCUUUGGGUUUGUCUGUUUCUCUACCCUGGAUGAGGCUGUUAAGGCUGUGAACAGUUUUCAUGGACGCAUGUUUCACAGAAAACCACUGUAUGUUGCUUUUGCUCAAAGGAAAGAUGUUAGGCAAAGCCUAUUGCAGCUCCAGCAUUCGCACUGGUGUUGUUUAUCAUCACCCUAA